AUGGCUUCCCUACUCAAGACCGCCUCCCGAACCACUGCCUUCCGAGCAGCUGGAGCUUCAAACCUACGAACAAUUGGCACCGCCGAUCGGACCUUUGUGAGAAGGAAGGCUACUCUCCCGGAUCUGUCGUACGAUUAUGGUGCUCUUGAGCCCGCCAUCAGCGGCAAGAUCAUGGAGCUGCACCACAGCAAGCACCAUCAGACCUAUGUGAACUCCUACAACGAUGCUGCGGACAAGUAUGCGGCUGCUGAGGCCAACGACGACAUUGCUACCAAGAUUGCCCUCCAACCACUGGUUAAUUUCCAUGGCGGCGGGCACCGGAAUCACACUCUGUUCUGGGAGAACCUCGCACCCAAGAACCAGGGUGGUGGUGAUCCUCCUUCCGGCGGUCUGGCCAAAGCCAUUGAUGAGACGUACGGCAGUCUGGACGAGCUCAAGAAGAAGUUCAAUGCCGCUCUUGCCGGCAUCCAGGGCAGCGGCUGGGUAUGGCUUGUGAAGGACACCCAGACCGGCCAAAUUGGCAUUAAGCCAUACGCCAACCAAGACCCUGUCGUUGGGCAGUACAAGCCUCUCUUGGGUGUUGACGCGUGGGAACACGCUUACUAUCUUCAGUACCAGAACCGCAAGGCGGAGUACUUCUCUGCUAUCUGGGACGUGAUCAACUGGAAGGCGGCUGAGAAGCGCUUUGGUGCAUAG